UACGGCCCUGUCCGUCCCUCGACUCUUCCUUUUUCUAUUGCAGUAGCAGCCAUGAGCAUGCUCAGGCUUCAAAAGAGGCUUGCCUCCAGCGUCCUGCGCUGUGGCAAGAAGAAGGUAUGGCUGGACCCCAACGAGACCAAUGAGAUUGCUAACGCCAACUCCCGCCAGCAGAUCCGUAAACUGGUAAAGGAUGGUCUUAUCAUCCGCAAGCCUGUCACGGUGCAUUCUCGUGCCCGCUGCCGCAAGAACACGCUGGCGCGUCGCAAGGGAAGGCACACAGGAAUCGGUAAGAGAAAGGGUACAGCCAAUGCCCGUAUGCCAGAGAAGCUGUCUUGGAUGCGUCGCAUGAGAAUCCUGCGUCGUCUUCUCCGUCGCUACAGGGAGUCCCAUAAGAUUGACAGGCACAUGUACCACAGUCUCUACCUUAAGGUGAAGGGUAAUGUGUUCAAGAACAAGCGUAUCCUCAUGGAGCACAUCCACAAGCUGAAGGCAGACAAGGCCCGCAAGAAGCUUCUGUGUGACCAGGCUGAAGCCCGUCGUUCCAAGACAAAGGAGGCCCGUAAGCGCAGAGAGGAGCGCCUGGCAGCAAAGAAAGAGGAGAUCAUCAAGACCCUGUCAAAGGAGGAGGAGACCACCAAGAAGUAAACAGCUUCUUGUCCCUGGCAUGCACCUCCUGCCCUUCCCUCUGUCAAGUGAUGACAAUAAAAAGUGUAUGAAAGACAA